UUAAGUUUUGUUUAGACAAAUCAGAGACUUUGCUCAAUCCCAUUUGGAUUUGUCUGAGGUGCCAGUAGCAAGCACGGUGCUUCUUCCCGUGAUCAACUUCUCUCUGAUCCCUCUGGCACCUGAGUUGAAACCAUUUUCAACAAUAUUUUGGGGUUUUAGAUCUCUUUGAAAAAAGAAAACAAUGGCAUUUACAGGAACUCUGGAUAAAUGCAAGGCUUGUGAUAAGACUGUUUAUGUGGUCGAUAUGUUGUCCCUUGAAGGACUACCUUAUCAUAAAUCCUGCUUCAAAUGCAGCCACUGCAAAGGAUUUCUCUCGAUGAGCACCUAUUCCUCCAUGGAUGGAGUCCUCUACUGCAAACCUCAUUUUGAGCAGCUUUUCAAAGAAUCUGGGAAUUUCAGCAAGAAUUUCCAACCAAAGUCUGCUGAGAAGCAAAAUGAACAACUGAAUAGGGCCCCCAGCAAACUCUCCUCCAUGUUCUCUGGAACCCUAGACAAGUGUGCAACUUGCUCAAAGACAGUCUAUCCACUGGAGAAGGUGACAUUGGAGGGAGAAAGUUACCACAAGUCAUGCUUCAGGUGUGCUCAUGGGGGCUGCCCUCUUACACAUUCAUCCUAUGCUGCUCUGGAUGGAGUUCUUUACUGCAAGCACCAUUUUUCUCAGCUCUUCCUGGAGAAAGGAAAUUAUAGCCAUGUCCUCCAGGCUGCUGCAAACAGGAAAAAUGCACUAGCUACUGAGCCAGCUGCUGCAGAAGGCCCUCCUGAGCCACAACCAGAACCAACAACAGAACCAGAAUCCGAGGACCAGACUGACCAACCACCACCAGAGGAAUCUUAAGAUGCAUUUUGCCACAUCGUCCUUGCCUUUCAGAGCUACUUGAACUUUUUCUUUUUCUUUCUUUCUUUUGGGAGCAAGCUAUCCCAUCUUGUUCAAAUAUAUGUAUAACUUGUUCACAGAUUACUUUGAGACUGUAAGCUGAUUUUUUGGUGGGUUGUGUUUAAACAAAAUCAUCAUGGAUAUUAGUUGUAUCCUCUUUUUUUGUUUCAAUUUUUAUUGAGAAAUUAAUGUGGGAAAUUUAACAUUUGUACCAAUUCAAA